CGACGCCGGCUUCGAUCUCGGCUGCGAUGCUUCCGGAUUCGCCCACGUCUCCGCCUCCCCUGUCCUCCUCAACAAGGGCGGCCAAGGCCAAGAAUUGCUCGGCUUCGGUGGCUUCGGGCCAAGCGGCCCGAUGGCCGGUUGCCCCGAACUGAGCUCCUUAGCUCAAUUCCCCGCCGGCCCGAGCUCCGUCUCGCCGUUCGGGCAAUUGGGCUUCGAUUGCUUCGAGAAUUCGCCCUUCCUGAGCCGCAAUAAGGUUCUUCGGCCGCUGGAAAUCUUCCCGCCGGUCGGUGCGCAGCCGACUCUUUUCCAGAAAAGGGCUGCCGCCGCGCUGAGGCAGAGCUCGGCGACGACCGAGGAGAAAGGCGGUAGCUUGUGGUUGCGAAGUGGCAUUAUGGACGAGGAGAGUGAGAAGAAGCGGAGAGGAGGGACCGAAGAGGAUGAGGAGUUGGAUGAGGGGAGCAUUGACGGGUCGGGUUUGAUCUACGAUUCGGACGAUGCCAUUGCGGAGAAUGCGAAGGGCGAGGAGAAUGCUAGAAAUGGUACUAGUGGUGGGGGAGGGAAUAAUUCGAAUGCUACUAGUACGGUAACAGGGAGCGGAGACCAGAAGGGGAAGAAGAAGGGGCUUCCGGCAAAGAAUUUGAUGGCCGAGAGGAGGAGAAGGAAGAAGCUCAAUGACCGGCUCUACAUGCUUCGAUCGGUCGUCCCAAAGAUAAGCAAGAUGGAUAGAGCAUCCAUUUUGGGUGAUGCAAUUGAGUACCUAAAGGAACUUCUGCAAAAGAUCAACGACCUCCACAAUGAGCUCGAGUCGACACCUUCAACUUCGUCAUUGCCUCCCUCUUCUACAGCAACAACACCGACAAGCUUUCAUCCUUUGACACCCACACUGCCUACCUUACCUUCUCGAGUAAAGGAGGAGCUCUGCCCUAGUUCGUUGCCUAGCCCUAAUAGUCAAUCUGCAAGGGUUGAAGUUAAGCUAAGAGAAGGGCGGGCAGUCAACGUCCAUAUGUUCUGCGCCCGUAGACCUGGUUUAUUGCUCUCUGCCAUGAGGGCACUCGAUGGGCUCGGACUGGACAUUCAACAAGCAGUCAUCAGCUGCUUCAACGGGUUUGCCAUGGAUAUUUUUCGAGCCGAGGGUAAACUGCUGAAGAGCCCUCGACCUUCUUGAAAGGUUUCAGUUUGGUGCCCAACCUUUCAAUAGUUACAAUUGUGUCCCCACAUUCCAUCGCUUUGCAACCUUACUUUCUCUGUAAAAUUUUCUGAUUAUUACCAUACGAGGAUUUCGAAAUCGCUUGUACAGCAGCCACAUGGGAAGAACAUGGAUAUUUCCAUCAAAUUGAAUGGAGGUGUUUGGUGGAAAGAGCAACAAGAUUGCUAUGCGACGGGCAGGUUGAGGACCGAAUUAUAAACAUUUAAAAGUUGAGGACCAAAAACUGAAACUACGCUAGAAAGUCAAGGGCCUCUGGUGCAAAAUUACCCGAAUCAAUAUUUGUUGCUUAGUAGUAAAAUUUUCCUUAAUACAC